CUGCAAUUCUCCAGUGGACUUCUGGCCGCUCUUUGAAAAAGAAAAAAAAAACCCCCCCAUCUCGAGCUCGUCCUCGUCUUGCUUGCACUCGCAGACACCGGUGGCGAAGACUUUCGUCACUGUUGGCCGAGCACGUUUCCCGGUUGUAGGCUUACAUCUGCGGUGUAUAUCCCACGCCAAAAAUUUUCCGAGGGACUUCUGCAAGAAGUGCUACCGACUUGUCGUUGACAUUUCUAGGCCGAAUCUGCUAGCAUCCUUCGCGGUCGAUAUCAAUGGAGGUCAAAGUCCAACCGGAACACAUACCGACCACAUAUCCAGGUCCCGUCCAUAUCGCCGUGAUAGGCGGCACGGGGCUGGAGCAUCUGCCUGACUUCAACAAGGCCGCUGUUCUGACUGUCACCACGCCCUGGGGCGCACCAUCCUCGCCUAUAACCAUCCUCGAACACCCCUCCCCGACCACCGGCCAUCCCAUCCCCAUCGCGUUCCUCGCUCGCCACGGCCCACACCACGCCCUUGCACCUCAUGAAGUCCCCUCUCGCGCCAACAUCGCCGCCUUGCGCCACAUUGGCGUGAGAUGCAUCAUCGCCUUUUCCGCGGCGGGGAGUUUGGCGGAGGAGGUUAAGCCGAGGGAUUUUGUCGUCCCCGACCAGGUUAUUGAUCGGACUAAGGGGGUCAGACCGUGGACUUUCUUCGAGGAAGGCGUGGUUUGUCACGUCCCCUUCGCGGAUCCGUUUGAUGCAAAGGUUGGGGAUGUGGUGAGACGGUGCGGCCACAGUCUGGAGGGGGAUGGGGUGGUGUUGCAUGAUUCAGGGACGUUGAUUGUUAUGGAGGGACCACAAUUCAGCACUCGCGCCGAGUCAAACUUGUACCGCACGUGGGGCGGCACUGUUAUCAAUAUGUCGACUUUACCAGAAGCCAAACUCGCUGCAGAAGCUGAGAUUGCCUAUCAGGUCAUCCUGAUGAGCACCGACUAUGAUUGCUGGCAUGACGUCCAUGGCGAUGUUUCGGUAGAAAUGGUCAUGGGCCACAUGCGUGCCAACGCCGUCAACGCCCGCCGCUUCAUCGCCGCCGUGUUAGACGAGCUUUCCAAAGAAGAGCAUGAUGACCUUGUCCGAGCCACGCAUCUUGCCGGGGCACGGAAGUUUGGCGUCAGUACGUACCCCGAGGGACGUGGAGAGAAGGCACUGGAGAAGUUGAGGUGGUUAUUUGAGGGUUAUUUCUAAGACAGAGAAAUUCAUGAUGGAGGGAGAGUCGGGGGGGAGUCGUGGAGUGACGAAUGAUGCAUGUCAACUCAGCAGUUUGAUGGAUGUGCUGCAGUUGGAACCUUCCAGCGUGGCCCAGCACGACGAAACACUGAGUGCAGGCGACACUGAAUAGAGAGAUCUGGGCGCUCGAAAUGUCAGCUCCUCGUGUGCAGGCAGAAUAUAGAGAGAGAAAGGUACAAGGGUCCUUUCCAAGGCUCGACUUCAACGUCAGAGCCAGCAAUGAAAAGAUGUACAGACUCAUCCGUUUUCACAGUCUUUCAAGGCGCCUGUGAUGGAGAAGUCUCAAAGCAA